AUGCCCUCUGCCACCUUCUGGACCAGCUUGCUGGCCCUCACGGCCGCCGCUACGGCGAGCCCCCGCAGUCCCAGGAGCACCAGCAAUUCCACCAGCUGCCGCUGCUUCCCGGGCGAUGCGUGCUGGCCUUCCACCAGUGAAUGGGCCAAGUUAAACCAGACGGUGGACGGCCGUCUGAUCAAGACCAUUCCCCUCGGCAAGCCCUGCCACGCGCCCAACUACGAUGCCGCUGUCUGCGAUGUCCUCAAGGAGGAAUGGACGGAGCCUGAGCUCCAUUACCAAUCCAGCAGCUCGAUCAUGGCCCCAUGGUUCACCAACGGCACCUGCGACCCGUUCCACCCGGUCUCCAAGCCGUGCACGAUGGGCGACUAUAUCCACUACGCCGUGAACGUGUCGACGCCGGCCCAUAUCUCGGCCACGUUGAAGUUCGCCCACGAGCAUAAUAUCCGUCUGGUGAUCCGCAACACUGGCCAUGACUACAACGGAAAAUCCACCGGUGCCGGCGGGCUGGGCGUCUGGACGCACAACCUGAAGUCGCGGACGCUGGUGGACUACAACUCGACCCACUACACCGGACCGGCUGUGCGGCUGGGGUCGGGUGUCCAGGGCUUCGAGGCGUACGAGUUUGCCGAUGAGCACGGCUACCAGGUCGUAGGCGGCGAGUGCUCGUCCGUGGGUAUCGCGGGCGGCUACUCGCAGGGUGGCGGCCACUCGGCGCUGUCCUCCAAGUACGGCAUGGCGGCGGACCAGGUACUGGCCUGGGAGGUGGUCACGGGCGCCGGAGAGUUCGUGACUGCCACGCGCGACAACGAGUACAAGGACCUGUACUGGGCGCUGAGUGGCGGCGGCGGUGGCACGUACGGCGUGGUCGUGGCCAUGACCUCCAAGCUGCACACCUCGACCCCGACCUCGGGCCUGAACCUGACCUUCACCAACGAGGGGAUCUCCCAGGACACCUUCUUUGAGGCGGUGACCCUCUACCACACGCUGCUGCCCAGCAUCGUCGACGCCGGCGUCAUGAGCAUCUGGUACUUCACCAACACGACCUUCUACAUCUCCCCGCUGACGGGACCGGGCGUCCCCGUCGCCACACUCCGCGCGCUGGUCGAGCCCUUCGAAGCCGGCCUCACCAACCUGGGAAUCCAGUACACCCUCACCGCGAAGGAGUUCGACACCUACCUAGAGCAGUUCAACACGAUGGAAGCGGAGAUCGCGGUGGGCAAGGCGCAGUACGGCGGGUGGCUGAUCCCGCGCGACGUCGUCGUGCAGAACACAACCGCACUGACGGAUGCGUACCGCGCCAUCGUCGAGGACGGGGCGACCUUCAUCGGGGUCGGGCUGAACGUCAACCGCAGCGUGGCCGGCGACGUCGACAACGCGGUCCUGCCGGCCUGGCGCGAGGCCCUGAUCGACACCACCCUGACCACCCCCUGGGAGUGGGACGCGCGCGCCGCCAUGAUCGAGGAGCAGGACAAGAUGACCAAGGACUACAUCCCGCGGCUGCAGGCCCUGGCCCCCAACUCCGGCGCCUACAUGAACGAGGGCAACUUCCAGCAGCCCGACUGGCAGAAGGCCUUCUACGGCGUCAACUAUGACCGUCUGCUGCAGAUCAAGGACAAGUACGACCCCUACGGAUUGUUCUACGCGCGCACCGCCGUCGGUGCGGACGCGUGGACUGAGUCCGCGGAUGGGCGGUUGUGUCGGGCUUAG